CGGCACGGCAGUGGCGAUACAUUUUUUUACACACUCCACCAGGUACUCAUUUGAGGCUAAGUGGACCUAGGGGAGACCCAGGAACGGUUCAGAUAAUUGUCACUGGUGUUUGGCCCGUGAGCGGGAAUCGAACUCGGGUCGCCGGGUUCGCAGCGCAGCGCUAACCGCAACACUGCCGCUCCCCACACGGCCCCCACACAUACUCACCACACACUCACACACACUCACCACGCACACUCACCACACACACUCACCACACACGACUGCACACCGGGGCAGGUGACCACACCCAACAAGACUUCACCGACUCGGGAAGGGCCCCAGCGAGAGAUCCAUCGUGAGCGGCCAACGGGCAGGGAUUCGUGUGCCGAAGCGGAGUGGAGCGCGAGGAAGCCCGAGGCGAGCCCGCGAUGCAGGCGAACGCGAGCGGCGUCCCCGGGAACGUCACGGAGGGCUGCGCGUGCGACUUCCGGGGACUCAAGCGGACGCUCUUCGUGUCCACGUACAGCGUGGUGUUCAUCGUGGGCCUGGCCCUCAACGGAGUCGCCCUCUGGGGAUUCUUCCACCUGCAGAGUCGCAAUUUGGGGACGGUCAUCUUCAUGAUCAACCUGGCUUUCACCGACAUGUUCCUGGUGUUCACGCUCCCGUUCAAGAUUUAUUACUACCACAGGGGGGCAUGGCCAUUCACCGAGGUCUUCUGCCGAAUUUGUACCGCCGCGUUCUAUGUCAACCUGUACGGUGGAGCUUUCUUCAUGGCGUUCAUCAGCAUCGAUCGCUUCCUCGCCAUUGUUCACCCGAUCUCUUCGCGCUCAGCGCGCCGGCCCCGGCACGCGAAGUUUGCCUCCUUCGCUGUGUGGGUCUUCACCGUCGGGGCGAGUUCGAGCCUGCUCGUCAGACCUCUCACCGAUUCGGAGGAGCCGAAAUGCUUCGAAAGCUUCUCCAAGCGUUCGUGGGAUUCCUUCCUGCUGUGGGUGAUCGUGGCCGCAGGGACAAUCUGCUUCACGUGCCUCGCCGUCAUCCUGUGCUGCUCGUGCGCCGUCCUCGCCGAGCUGCACAGGCCGCGGACGAUGCGCAACGACGCGUCCGACAAGCACAGGAUCAUGGCGAUGAUCGUCGUGAACGUCUCUCUGUUCGUGUUUUGCUUUGUGCCGUUCCACGCGGUGCUGCCCCUAUACAGGGCCAUGCGUCUGGGUCACGUGCCCAGCUGCGCCGCCGAGUGCGCGAUCCGAGUGGCGGACAUCGUCUCGCAUUGCCUCGUGAGCACCAAUUGCUGCUUUGACCCCGUGAUGUAUUACUUCACGGCGAAGACAUUUCGGGAAACGUUGUCGAAAAACAAAAUCUCACUCUCCCGGAGCUCGAGUCACCGGCAAGCUUCCAUUUUACUGUCUAGUGUCGACAAUCCUUCCUCGGGGUGAAGGGAAAUCCAACGACAUUUAAUCCACGCCACUUCAUGUAUGCUUCAGCUUCGUGUACACAAGUCACCGUUGUCCGAUUGUGGACAUGCAGCCCACGUAGUAAACCCACAGAGACCCACAGUGACCACUUAGAGACCUCUAGAGAUGCAUUUAGACACGCAUCGACUCAUAGAGAUGCAUAUAGACACGUAGCGAUUCGUUGAAGACAACGCCACAGUGCCGCUAUGGCUAUGCAACCCAAACCAUGGCCCAUACGAUAAAGUGCCAUCGUCCGUAUUCCUUUAACGGAGGAGGAACAGCAAACUCCAGGUGAUC